AUGAAGGUUCUGGUCGCACUGUCCGCUGUGCUGGCGCUGGGCGCUGCCCAGUACUCGCCGGUUGGGUACCCAUACUACGGGUACAGCCCGGUGAGCUACUACGCCGGCGGCGCGUACAACCAUUACGCCCCGACGGUGUACAGCGCGGCGCCAGCCGCUACCGUCAGCUCGCAGUACCACGCUCAGGAUGAGCUGGGCCAGUUCAACUAUGGCUACGCCGGAGGCCCGUCUGCCAAGAACGAGUUCAGGAGGUUCGAUGGCGCCACCGUUGGCAGCUACAGCUACAUAGACGCCAACGGCAAGGUGCAGACCGUCUCCUACACGGCCGACGAUGUCAACGGCUUCCAGGUGAAGGCGACCAACCUUCCUGUGGCCCCGGAGGCGAACCUGCAGGCGCCCGUGUUCAACCUGGAGGCGCCCGUGUUCGACGGCGUGGCUCCCGAGCCGGUGCAGGACACGGCCGAGGUGGCCGCCGCCAAGGCCGAGUUCCGCAAGAAGUACGCCGAGGCGGCGGCUGCCGAGGAGGAGGCGGCCGUCGCCCCUGCCGAGCGUCGCCGUCGCAGCGCCGUGCUUCUGCCCGCCCUGGCCAAGGCCACCUUCAAGACGGUCAGUCUGGAUAAGGUGGAGGCCGACACCCCGGCCGACACCAGCCUGCUCAAGGUGACCGAAAAGGAGCACGAGACGUACGUGCCCAGCGUGGUCUCUUACGCCGCCCCCGCCGUCCACUACACGGCCCCCGUGGUCUCCUACGCUGUCCCCGAGGUGAAGAAGGUUGAGGUCAAGGCAGCCCCCAUCACCUACGCUGCUAACGCCUUCGCCUACGCCGCUCCUGCUAUCACCUACACCACCCCCGUGGUCAAGAAGGUUGAGGUCAAGCACGUGGCCUCUCCCAUCACGUACGCUGCCUCUCCUCUUCCCCUGGCCUAUGGCCUGCACCCGUACGGCUACGGUGCCCCUCUCAUCUACAACGUGGAAGCCAAGGAGGAGACUGCCGCUGUCGAGGAGACUGCCGAGGAGGAGCCGGCCGUCGUCGCCGCCGAGCGUCGCCGUCGCAGCGCCGUGCUUCUGCCCGCCCUGGCCAAGGCCACCUUCAAGACGGCCACUCUGGAUAAGGUGGAGGCCGACACCCCGGCCGACACCACCCUUCUCGAGGUCACCGAGAAGGAGCACGAGACGUACGUGCCCAGCGUGGUCUCUUACGUCGCCCCCGCUGUCCACUACACCGCCCCCGUCGUUCGCUACGCCGUCCCGGAGGUGAAGAAGGUCGGGGUCAAGACGGCCCCCAUCACCUACGCUGCCUCUCCCCUUCCCCUGACCUAUGGUCUCCACCCGUACAGCUUCGGCACUCCUCUGAUCUACAACGUGGAGGCCAAGGCUGCUGAAGUCGAGGAGAAGGCUGAAUAAACAGUUUUUCCAUCUAAACAUUGAACGGCAGACAGCUGCGUUCGUUACAUGUCUUGUCCUGUCUUCCGUGCUGCAGCGUCCGUUGUUCCAGUUGUUGACAUGUGUCCAUGUGUGAUAUGCUUUGGCCAUUACACGUUGCGAAUGUA